GGCCCCAGCCCCGGCGCGCCCGCCGGCGCGGCCGCCACCUCGCCGCACCCCGAGCCGCCGCUCGUCGUCGUCAAAACGCUGGCCCCAGGCGCCUCCGAGGAGCUCGCGGCGCAGUUUCGGCGAGAAGUUUGUCAUCUGGCACGACUACGAGACCCCAAUAUAGUAGCUGUGGUUGGGGCCAGCUUACAAGAAGAGCCUCUUUGUGUGAUACAACAGUACUUGCCUCAAGAUCUGAAUCAGUUACUACAAAAUCACGUUGCAGAGACUGCUUGUACACGGCCUCACAGUGCACGAACUCUUAGUUAUGGAUGCCUUAUCUACAUGGCUACACAGAUAGCAUCAGGAAUGAAAUACCUAGAAUCUCUGAGAUUUGUGCAUCGAGAUCUGGCUACUCGGAACUGCCUGGUGGGGGACAAGUACCACGUGAAGAUCUCGGAUGAUAUAGGCACAUGUCGCAGUAUGUACGCUGCUGACUAUUACAAAGGUGAAGGCUGUGCCAUGCUGCCAGUGCGGUGGAUGGCCUGGGAGAGUAUAAUACUGAACCAAUUCUCCACGAAAAGUGAUGUGUGGUCCUUUGCUGUCACUCUCUGGGAGAUUCUUACAUUUGCAAGGGAACAACCAUUUGAAGAUUUGACUGAUGAUAAAGUACUUGAAAAUGCUACUCACUAUUAUCAUAACAAUGGACAACAUGUUCUUCUUCAGUUGCCCAUUAACUGCCCAAGAGAAAUCUAUGAUUUGAUGACUGAAUGCUGGCAACGAAAUGAAUCAGAAAGACCAAAUUUUCGGGAAAUACAUUUGUUUUUACAGAGAAAGAAUCUUGGGUACAAACCAGAACAGCACUGAUUGCAUAGUUCUAGAGACUUUUUAUCCAACGAAACAAUAAUCAUUGCUAAUAAUAAACUAACACAAGAGACAAUAAAAUCAAGCAAGUAUGCAUUGUCCUCUCUCGUGUUGGUUUAUUGUUGGGUGUGGAAGCUUUGCUCCAUUUUGACUGAAUAUAUAAAGAAUUAUAUACAAAUAAGCUAAUGCUGACAAAUGAAAUGUGCAGUAUGUGCUUGUGAUAGGUAAGUGUGUUUCCACAUGUGCCCUGUUAGAUGAAUACAUAAUAACUUACCUUAGGUAUUCUACAGCGUUUGACAAUUCUGGUUGAUUUUUUUGACCAAAACUGGAAAACUAACUUAUGGCAUGAUUAGCCCUCUUUAUUGGUGAUAUCUUUCUGGCUAGUGAUAUUUUAGAAGAGAUACAGAGCAAAAUAUUUUAUACUACAGUCACUGUUUUUAUUACUUUCUUUAAGUGUAUUUAUCAGUAUUCUUAUUUUAUGGUUAAGAUUAAAAUUAACCUGUUUAACAUAAUCAUACCUAAUUGUAUAUUUACUUAGUAGCUUCCCACAGAUCUCUAGAAUUUGUCUACAAAUCCAACAUGUUAUCAUCAUUAUCAAUAUUAUUAUUAUUAUAUGACAUACAAAUGCAUACAAUGGUAUCUAUCAGUUGUGUUAAGAAAAAUGUUGUGUUUUAAUCAUACAAGAGGAUUGUGGUUAAUGUGUGCUUUCAUAUUAUCUUAAAUUCAAAUAAAAAUAAAAUAAUAUGAUUAAAUUAAAGUGUAAUUUAAAUAUUUUUUAUUUUUUUUUUAUUUUACCAAUUGACUUUAAAAUUAACUAAAAUAAACUAAUUUAUUAGAAUAAUUUUAUAAUUGAAAUUCAACAGUCAGCACCAUAUGUAGACCAAGAGAACUUUGGAUAGCUACUUUAAAAUAAACAAAUUGCUUCUUUAGUAGAACCACACAGACAGAUAAUAGAAUAUUGAGAGUUAUAAAUCAUUGAGAAAGAGUUCUCCAGAAUCAGAAUUUUAUCCAAAUGUGUACCCUUCAUCAAGAAUUUUCUCUAGAUCAUGUACCUAUUUUUUGCAGUUCGUAUUUUAAUAUUACCUGGAAGCUACAAGAAGGAGUGUGUCCUCGCAUAUCAUUCCAGAACAUGAAAGUAGCGUUGCAUUUUUCAUUUUCAUAAUAACUCACGAGUUAAAUUGUGUAGUGCAAAGUAGAUUUCAAAUGCAAUUGAGACGCUUAAACUAGAUUCAAGGGUGUGCUCUAUGUACAAAGAGAGGAGGCAUAUGGCUUUCCAGUUUUAAAUAUGAAAUACAUACACCCAAAAAUGCAGUGAUAGUUAGAAAAAGAGGCCACUCACUUUUAUUUUUAAGAAAAUACUUGAAAGUUCUUUAAAGAAUUUCUCAUGAUGCAAAACAUUGCAGAAGAAUAUCAUUCUAAAAGUUUUCUUUUCUGUUCACAAGAAUGAUUCACUCUCUGCUGGCAGAGUAAUCAGUGUUCAAGCUUAUAUGAGUUUGUAAGUAAUCAUACCCAUGCCUUUCAUCUUGCAACUGGAAUCCUCAGAUUUCUAAUAUUAGAAGUUGUAGUAUUUACAAUUUGAAUUUCAUAUGAAGAUAGAUUACCCUAGAACAAUUUUUUGUUUACUAUAGAUGAGAAAUAUUUAUCACCAAUGGGCACAUUCUUUGGGCUUCUAGGGUAUAUGUUACUGAAACAAAAUAAAUAAAUUUAAAACGUUGUGAUGCUACCUACCUAGAAAAAUUUAUGAUAUUAAUGUAUCUACUAUAACAAUAAUAUCUACUGAGCACUGCUUGAAAGGUCCAUCAGUACUUAAAACGAACCAAAGGUGUUCCUGUUCUCAGUUCCUGUAGGUAUAAUAAUUUCCAGAUACCAAGUAUUUAACUGGAGCUGAAAUUUUGUCUGAUAUGAAACCACACUGAAAUGUGUAUUAGAGUUACUGAAUGACAGUGCUGGAUUUAUCAACUAGCAAAAUGAGCUACUGCUUGGGGCCCCGCUCUUUGCUUAAUUUUUCUGUCGGAAAUGUUAUAAUAUUCCAUAUUAUUACUAAUAAUUAUUUAUAUUAGCAUUGAUGAAAAAAUAUGAUUUAUUUAAAAAAAAGAAAAAGAACAUUUGAAUUAUUUUGAAACUCAGAAGUAAAUAACAAAGAAUCUCUUUCUACUUACACUGGGGGCCCCAGAAAGGUAAAUCUGGUGCUGCUGAAUGCAAUACACGUUAUAUUCUGUGGAAUUUCUCAUCAUUAAAUAAAAUCAGGAUAUAACAUUUGUGAGUAAGAAAUCAUUUUUGGUAGUUGAAAUUGUAGUGUCAUUUGCAAAUUAUGGUAGCAGGUGUACAUGAGAGACAAAAAUAAGUUGGUGACUGUUAGUAAGUCUCUUAAUGAAUGGUAAAGUUGAAAUAAUGAAGAUUUCUUUGUUCAUUAGUAGUAUUGUGCACGACACACUACAAUUAAUAUUGUAAUUAACAACAUUUGCUCAGUAAUUUAUGCCAAUCAACAUACUGUAAUUAUUAAAGUACAUACUAAUAAUAUUAUUAAUAAUCAUAAUACAGUAAUGUGUAGCAAGUUUCAGCUAAAAAAACACAUAAAUACCCUUGACAGCUUUAUUAACUUUCUUAACUGAACAAUGUUCCCUUGGAAUAAUUUAAUGAUGUUCAGCAAUAAAUCAAAGGCCUACUUACAAGGACUUUCUUUACUCAAAUGUAUUGCUAUAAAUGUUCUAAAUCAUUGAGCUAAUUGGAAAGUACAAUUCAAAAAUACAAAGACACUUCUGGCUGAACAGAGCAAAUUUGUAUGUUAGCCUAAAAGCAUUUCAAAAUAUAUACUCUACACUUUUGAAGAGUCUAUACUUCAGUUUCAAUACUGUACACUGUACCUGUGUUCUGCACUGGUUGUAUGAAAUACAAAGUGCAGAGAUUUUGUGGUUAUGUGCUAUGCCAAUACAAAACCAUAACCUCAGUAUUCCUUUCACUGAGAAAUUUCGACAAUAUUGCCUGUCUUUUUGACAUGUUUAAGCUUGUGUAUGUGUUUCAUAUCAGCUAUGACAUACUUCCAAACCCCUUUUUCUACUUCCUUCUGUGUGACCUGCAAGUGCUGUUGUGCUUUUUCAUUAUUUUUAUAAAUGCCCUUUUAUUGAACAAUCAAAAUGCAAAUACAUGGACAAUUCAUUUUCAUGUACAUGCAUGGCAGCAUAAGUACAAGUUAGUUAUUUCAUAUUAUACUUUCGACUUAAUCAUUGUAGAUAUUGCAUGCAGUAGCGUAGCCACUAAAAUAUGCAAUUUUACAUAAAUUAUUAAAAUGCAAAUAAUAGAGUUAUUUUCCAAAACUCUGUAUAAUUCUUAUGAACUAUAAGCUUGUUAAUACGAAAUUAUUUAUUAUGAAAAGUUUGCACAUAAAUAUGUACGUUAAUAAUUUUUUUAAUGAGAAAAUUUUAUAUCCUUUAUUGAGCAAAAGGCUGGGAGAUUGGCUACGUCACUGACUGCAUGAUUUUCUCUUGUGAAAUAGGUUUUAAGAUAAAGACAUUGCUUUUCAUGUAAUACUGUAAACAAGUCAAUUGAAACAUCACACUGCAGAAAUUGAAUUUGUUUUGCUUGUGUGUGGAUUUUGUGGGGUGCAUUCAUAUUUUGAUUUGUAUUACAUUUUUCAUCAUGGAGUAUUCCAUUAAAUUAACCGCUUUUCAAAUAUUCUGUGAGUUUCAGUACAGCACUGCCACUACAGAAGUAAAUGCUUCAUAGGUUUCUUCUCUCUUGUGGAUUUCCAUAUGACUUAAUCAUGAAAGCAAUCGCUGUGCCUUCUUUCUUAGACCUUGAUAAUAGAAAACAUGAUAUAAACAUAAAUCUUGCUAUUCUCAUUUGAGGAGACUGCCAUAUAAUUCAUCCUAUGUCUUCUCUUCCUUCUGCCUACCAUGUAGCUACAAUUUUUGCGUGUACUGAGAGAACUUCAGGUUUCUCCUCAUUCUGUGUAGCAUAGUUAUGAAGAGAAUAUUGUAGGCUUGUAGUAUUAUUAGUAGAGCAAGACAGUGUGUUUUGUGAUUGAGGGAAUAAGAAUGCAAAUAUGGGUGAAUAAUAAACUCCAUACAGUUUGUAAAUAUUGUUAUAAAUGGUGCCUAAACUGUUAAACAAAAGAAGAUAGAGAACUUUAGGUUCUGUGUAUUGCUUUUGAAUUGGAGAUAAUAUGAUCACAUGUGGAGUCAUAUCACUUUCUACAGACUUUGUGGUAUAAUCAUGUAAAUAAUUUGUAUAAAUGUGCAUGUUUGAACAAUAAGUGUUUAUCUGUACAAAGUUUCCUUGACUAUUGUGAAAGUAUCAUGCUAUUGCUGCUGUUGCUGCUAACAAAGAAAUGACCAUAUUACUAUUAUACAUGGUGGCUUAGCCGAUCUGGACCAAUCAUUUAGAAUAAUUGUAAUUUUAAGGUAUUAUCAAUCUAGAUAAUUUGUAAUUAUAAUGUGUUGACAGUAUGAAACUAAUUUGAGCCUACUCUGAGCUUAUAAAGCAAAAUUCAGUUGUGUGGCAAGACUUACUAACAGUGCAUUAAUUGCGUUGUUGUAACUCCUUGCAACAUAAAUUGUAAAAGUGCAUUUUUACAGAAUGGUUUGCAUACUGAUGACACUCCUGACAUUGUAGACACCAGUGAAACUUUUUUAAAGAAAAUGAUUCUAGGUCUUCAUUGAAUCACUAAAGCAAGAAAACAUAGUUCUUGAAUAAAAUUUUACAAAAAGAAUUGUUCAGUUUCUUUAUUUCAAGUCCUGUGGUGAUAAAUCUUGCACAAAUUGUUUAAUAAAAUUAACAGAGCAAUGAAGUUCUACUUUUGUCUUUCCCAAAACCAAGCAGUUCCUGUAUUCUAUUGUUAACUGAAGCAUGUACAUAUAUAAAUAUUAAAUUAAUAAUAAUAGAAGAUAAAAAUUCUCUCUUUUUCAAUAACCAAAAGAGUUGACUUGCCCAUAUUUGAUUGUGAAAAUGAGGCAUCCUUAAAAUAAUGUAGGUCUAGUGUUUGGCACAUUUUGGUUCCUUGGACUAAUGUAAAAAUUUUGUUAAAAAUAUAUUUACUGCAUAUUGUACUUAUUUGUUUGUCUGAGAUGAUAUCUUUGGAAUAUCU